UAACCUUCGGUCUCUUUUCCAGGCAACCUUCUCCUAAAUUACAAAAACAUGGCCUCCUCUUUCACAGUAUACUAGUACAAAAAUCAAGCAAGAAAAUGCGAGACCUGGUUGAAGCUCAGGGAUCUUAGCGGCGGCCGCCACUUCAAAUUCUCAUCCUCAAAUCUUAUGCAGUAGAUAAUGGCUCAUUCCGUCAACAGUUCUCGUGGAUCUGUGAAGCUCAAUCGCUCAUUGUCGUGGAUAAGAGAAUCGCCUUUCUUCAUAGAUGAUGGCUAUUCGUGGAGAAAAUAUGGGCAAAGAAUCAUCCUCAAUUGUCGAUAUCCCAGGAAUUACUUUAGGUGUACCCACAAGUACGAUCAAGGUUGCUUAGCAACAAAACAAGUUCAGAGAAUUGCAGAGGAUCCAUCAAAUUUUCGCACAACAUACUUUGGCCAUCAUUCCUGCAGCUUCACUCCCAAGGAUGCAGAAAUCGUCACAACAGAUCCUAAUCCUUGGAAGGAGGAGGACAUUCAACUCUGUUUCGACAGACCUAAGAUUCAGAGAAACACCACAGGAUGUGAUUUGAAUUUGAAUCUUAAGUUACCCACGAUUGAUCCUAUUCAUAGACGUUCUGUGAACAUUACUCGAUCUGAUUCUUUUGCAUCUUAUAUGGCUACUGCAAAUUCUAAGAUAUCUGGUAAAAAGAAUCAUCUCAGCUCAAACCAAGAAUCUGCAGAAGAGGCUUCGGUUGGACCAGACAACAGUUAUUCAUCUGUAGAACUUAAUUUGGGGAAGGAUUUAAGAUCAUUUGUAUCAGCUGAAGCUAGCAUGAGUUCUGAUUAUGGCUCUACAGAGUAUUCCUCAUCUACUUCUAAAAGUUCUGGCAUGAGUUCUGGAGCUGAGCCUAUUGAUUUUGAUGCUGGAUUUUGCUUUCAUCGUUGAUACAUGUAUGUGCAGUAUUUUCUACAUAGAGCUUCGAGCUUUUAAUGGUAA